AGUGGGUACCACUAUCUCUCUCUCAUAAAAACACACGUCUGUGGCCAGGAGUGUAUUGGAGGGGUGAGUAUAUAUGUGUAGACAUGCAUGGAACCAAACUAGGCAGCCCUUACAUCCCACAUGUCCAAGUUUCUCAAACACGUACCCACCCUACACUUCCAAGUGUCACUUUCUCCUCUCAUGUUUUGCCCACCUCUAAUUGGACACUCCUCCUCCUACACUAACCCCCCCUUCCCCUUCUUAUUCCUUCACUUCUUUCUUCUCAAACCCAUUCACAUUCACAUCAACAUCCAAACCCUCACACAGCAACAUGAUUCAAGCCUUGAAUCCUCCUUGCACGGCUAAAACUGCUGAAAUCAUGUCAAGAUACAGACCCAUCGCUCCUAAACCAGAACCCCCUACUACUACCACCACCACCACCACUGCUAUUACAUCUUCUUUCCCAGAAUCCUCAUCUCACUCUCCCUUCCCUCAGAAUAUCAGGCAAUCCCCUUAUCUUAUGAACGUCUGGCCUCACUUGCAGGCUAGACCCACCAGAACCAGAAAGAGGGGACGAACUGCACUUGCCCCUCCUCUCAUGACUAAAAGGCCAAGACCACAUCUCAUUAGUCUCCCUCCUUCUUUCCCUCUACAAUCUGCCCCCUUUCCUCCUCCUCCUCCGCACCACUUCACCACUACUAUCCCUGGACUCAUUGGUCUCCAUGAUAUUAACUCCUCUUCAACCAACUUGGUCACGCUCCCUCUCCUACCCUCAAUACCCAUUCUACCAGCUUCUUCAAGGGAAUCGGGGAUAGAUUUAAACAGAGAGGCCACCGAAAUACCUGAAGAAAAGGACUUCCUUCAACAGCUUCAAGGGAAUAUCAACAACCCUACUACUGUCUUCACACCCCAGCCUGUUCGACCUGUUUGUUCAAGCAUAACUGUUGGAUCUAUUAGCUGCCCGGACCUUGGCCUCAGCUUAUCUCCUUAUGCUCAGAUUCCCAUGAGGAUGAAGAAGAAGAAGGAAAUUGAGGGAGAUGUGGAGUCUGAAGCACUACCGGCUGUGGUCUCGGACUCAAACAACAAGGUCAGGCUUGCCAAUUCCGCAUAUAAGGAGAUGGUGGGUCAGCCAGAGUGUUCGUGGCUCGAUUCCUGCGCAUGCAAGAGGAUUUGCGGAGAGGUGAUGCUUCAUUUCUCUGGAUCUAUUUCUCUACCUCUUUCCUCUAACGGAUUCUCUUGUUGGGUGACAAUAGAAUGGGGGAGAAGGAAUGGUGAGACCACUUCGGUGAAUGCCUUCUGUGAUGUCAUCAAGUUGUCUUGCGAGUCUAGGGAAUAUCAAUAUGCAUGGAGGUUUCACACCGGAUCAAAGGCAUCUGAAUCCAAUUCUAAAGUUUCAAGUACCUAAAUAUAUAUUUAUAUGAACAUCUAUACAUUAUAAUAAUAGUUAUAGAAAUAUGUAUGCUACUGCUUACUUCUUUUGAAUCAUCAGUAACUGCAUAUACUGAUCAAUAUAUAUUGAUGUAUACA